GUCAUUUCUUGAACGCCAUCGUUCGCCCCUCGCUAUGGGCUCGCAGAACUUGGAACAGUCGACGCCCGCCCUCGAGGAAAGCAGUCCGCGUGGCAGCCGUCUGGACAGUGGUGCCGAGACGUCCGUGCGCCGUUCGUCCACCAAGAGGCUUCAGCAGGAGUUGAUGGCGCUCAUGACGUCGGGCGACCGGGGCAUAUCGGCCUUUCCCGAGGGGGAGAACAUCUUCCUCUGGAGGGCAACGAUCGAGGGUCCAGCCGGAACGGUGUUCGAGAAGUCCGUCUACCGGUUGAAGCUGGUGUUUCCCGACGACUAUCCGUAGAGUCCCCUGGUGUGCUUCGAGACGCGCUGCUUUCACCCAAACGUGGACCGGGAGGGCAACAUCUGCAUCGACAUCCUGCAGCACGAGUGGUCGGCACUGCUGGACGUGCGCACGGUUCUACUCUCGAUUCAGUCCCUUCUCGGCGAGCCAAACGUGGACAGCCCGCUGAACUCGCAGGCUGCCUAUCUCUGGGACGACAAGGAAGCCUACCAGAGGGCGCGCGCGGCGUUCGAGUCUGGCCGAGGCGACGAAAACCAAUGGCAGGGCUCGUGCACGGACGAAUAGCGGCGUUCGCCGUCUGUCCUGGUGGUCGCGGUCCACCUGUCCACCUUGGAUCUCCGAGUCAUCAUGGAGAAAGACAAGCGAAAAAACCGGCGUGAAGAAGAUCGGCCUUGCAAUUACAGUCCCUGAAAACACUCUUGCAUUCAGUAUUUCACUUUCAACGCUGCCUAUCCUUGCUACGAACACCAAAAAACAACACACACAACUUCGUCACUCUAUUGCGGUAAUGAAACGUGCUACACGGGAGCUCGGCAGGCAGGCACUUGCACGCAGCAACUCUAUCAGGCUCGUCUAUACAAUGUCGUUGCAUAUAGUAAAAACUACGCCUCCUUUCGCAGAAACUACUGUAUCUAACUAGUAUUACUUGAGAUUUUUGAAUAUUAG